AUGGACAAACCCCACAUGCACCUGGCCAUGGCGAAUAGCAUGGCCCGGUCGGGUUAUAGUGCAACCGGCGAAGCUACCUUUUCCAUCUACAACAGCACAACACGGUCAAACGCAACAAUCAGCAUGGAGGUUCUAUUGGGCAUCACCGGCAAGGACUUCACCAUCAUCGCGGCCUCCAAGGCGGCGAUGAGGGGAGCCACGAUUCUCAAGGCCUCGGAUGACAAAACACGGGAGCUGAACAAAAACACCUUGCUGGCAUUUUCUGGCGAAGCUGGCGAUACAGUACAAUUUGCCGAAUAUAUCCAGCGCAACGCACAACUCUACUCGAUGCGAAACGAGACAGAUCUUUCCCCAUCGGGUCUUGCACACUUCGUUCGCGGCGAGCUCGCAUCAAGCCUGCGAUCGCGAAAGCCUUACAAUGUCAACCUCCUGAUGGGCGGCGUUGAUCCCAUCACGGGCAAGCCGUCUCUGUACUGGAUGGACUACCUUGCAUCCAUGGCCGAGGUUCCAUAUGCUGCACACGGCUACGCACAAUACUACUGCCUCUCGAUUCUCGACAAACAUCAUCAUCCUGAUAUCAACCUUGGCCAGGGCAUCAAGCUUUUAACGCUAUGCACUGACGAGCUAAAAAGACGUUUACCGAUCGACUUCAAGGGCAUGGUUGUCAAGGCCAUCAAGGCCGAUGGAAUCAUAGACAUACAAUUUGACGAUGACAAGGUGGUCAAGUGCGCGUAA